AUGAGAAGGCACAGCGGCAGCGAGGCCUCCCCUUCCAUCAUCCACACAUCUUCCAUAGCUCUCCUUCAAGAGAGGUUCAGAAACCUGCAGAAGGUGAAGGAGAUGAGAGAAGGAAGGGCGUUGCAGAGGGUGCACACUACUGAUACCGACCGCACCGGUUCGUCGUCGUCCCUGUCGUCGGCUCUCAACCUUGGUCUCCAAACCGCCAACAGCAACGAGCAGCCGAGGUGGUUCUUGCACCCGGACUUGAUCCGGCCGUCUAGGCCGCUGCGCGGACCCGCGUACCAUGGGCUUGGCGCCAACGGUGUCCAGACGUCGCCGCCACCGGCGAGCUCAUGGGGAGGAAUGCAGAAUUCAGGCUAUAGGGCUGAUGUAGAUGUCGAUACCUCGCUUCAUCUGUAA